CCUGCGUGCGGCUCGUGUCUGUUGUGUUGUGAAGAAUUUAACAGGGGCUUCAGGGAGAAGGGGCAGUGCAACAGAUACCUGGAACCAUGAAGCAGCUGCCGUCAGACACUGUGCGGCUGCUGUCCAGCUCUCAGGUCAUCACUUCUGUGGUGAAUGUUGUGAAAGAACUGCUGGAAAACUCCCUGGAUGCUGGAGCUUCAAGCGUUGAUGUUAAACUGGAGAACUACGGCUUGGAUCGGAUAGAAGUACGCGACAACGGCCGUGGCAUCAAAGCUGCAGAUACCCCUGUGAUGGCUGUGAGACAUUUCACUUCAAAGAUCUGCAGCCACGAAGACCUGGAGCGUCUGGAAACGUACGGCUUCAGGGGAGAAGCGCUGGGAUCCAUCUGUGCUGUGGCUGAGGUGGCAGUUACCACCAAGACAGAGGACGACGACAUCAGCACCCAGUACAUGCUUGACUCUACAGGGAAAAUUGUUUCCCAGAAGCCGUCUCACUUGAGUCAAGGUACAACAGUGAGCGUAUUAAAGCUUUUCAAGAAUCUUCCAGUGAGAAGGCAGUGCUUUUCCUCCACAAAAAAGUGCAAAGAUGAACUAAAGAAAGUGCAGGACGUGCUGAUGGCCUACGCUAUUGUAAAACCUGAACUGAGACUCGUGCUUGUUCACAAUAAGGUGGUGGUUUGGCAGAAGGCCAAGGUGGCCGAUAACAGAAGCGCCCUCCUUGCUACAUUGGGGCCCAGUGCGAUUGCCAACUUGCUCCCUUGCCACCAUCACCAAGAGCAACCAGAGAUUGUUUUAGAGGGCUUUUUUCCCAAGCCUGGAGCUGAAUACUCCACCACAAGCUCAUCUAACCCUGACAAAACAUUUAUAUUUGUCAAUGACAGACCUGUUCAGCUAAAGGAAAUAAUGAAGCUGUUGCGUCAACACUACAGUGCUCAGUAUCCAGAUGACUCAGCCCGAAGUCGAUACCCCACACUGAUGCUUAAAAUCACAGUUCCACCCUCCUCGCUGGACGUUAAUCUGACACCAGACAAGACACAGGUUCUUCUUCACAACAAGGAGGCUGUGCUGACUGCAGUGGAGGCAUUGCUGGUCUCCCUCUAUGGCUUUCGGUCUAAUGCUGAUCUCCCAGCUGAGAAGCAGCUCAGCCAUGAGACAUUUCCCUCACCAUCUAAUCCUUUGCAGUCUGAUGCUUCACAACUGGACAGUGAGCCAAGUGUAGAGAGGGAUAACAGUCUCACCAACCACAGCGAUAACUGCCUCAAAGAUGCACCUCAACAUGGUGAUGCAGCUCUGUCAACAGCAGGCACGGCUGCUCCACUGCACCACCAGACCUCAAACUGUAGCUCUUCAUCCUCCAUAGCAGACGACUGGAUUGUCAACCAGAUCCCAGUUGAGCUCGUCUCUAACUUUUCUCUGUAUGAUGAUGAAAUGGCACAGAACUGCGCUCAGACAACAGAAACGGGUUCAGCAAAAAAAUCCCCAGAGAGACUUGAAGACGAUGUAGUGUCAGCUGCAGACACAAGCAAAGUCCAAAUAUUAGCUGAGGACUGGAGCAGGGGUACAGCUCUGACAGAUCCCAUCUCAGGAGAACCUCUGCAGCCCGUGAUACUUCAGCAACCCUCAACACAUAACCACUCUGACUCGGAGGAGGUCAAGAGUCAAAGCAGCUCAAGCAAAAAGACACUCAAUGCCAUAACAGAAAAGCGGGCUGCUCUGACGGCCUACGACCUGAUCAGCAACCGUGCCAUGAGGGCACCGCUGUCUCCUGCUGCCCUGUUUGAGAAGGAGGCCAGAGCUGAGGUCCUCAGGGAGAAACCCACAGCCAGCCUUCAGGAUAUCAGCGUCGCUGUCCACGAGAGGUGGAAAAACCUGGGGGAGGAAGACCGUAAGAAGUAUGAGGAGAAGGCAAAAAAACACCUGGAACACCACGACCAAAGGACCAAGUUAGCUUCAGCUCAAGGCCCCAGGGAGCUCAGUGUGAGCACCUCUAGGAGCCACGUGCAGGGUCAAAAACGCAAGGCCACUCCAUCCAACCAGCAGCUGCUGGACGAGCUCUUCUCUGCACAGCCUCAAAAGAAGAUGAUGAACCCUGCGCCUAAACCCUCGCAGCCCCUCCCCUGCAGCAUGGCUGCCCUUCGGCUGCAGCUUCAGCGCCUCUCAUCCCAGAGCAGCGCAGCACCACGGGGCCUCCGUCUUGUAAACCGGCUGGCCUCUCAGAGCGCCUGGGUCAUUUUAUGUGGUCAGAGGCUCAUGUUGUUAAACCCAUUUCGGGUGGAGGAAGCCUUGCUGUUUAAAAGACUUCUAGAGAAUAAUAUACUUCCAGCAGUGAGUCUGCAGAACCCUAUACAGUUAACAGAUGGAAAUCUAGGGGGAGCUGAGUACACUGAGACGUUGUGCAACAUGGAGAAACACAGCCCUGAACUGAACGGAGGGGCCCUGUUUUCUGAUCCCAGGCUUGUGGCUAAUGGGUUUAAAAUCAAAUUCACUCCAGGCCUCACGUCAGCCGAGAGACAUCUGGAAGUGACAGCAAUGGCAGACUGCGUGCCUUUCCUCGGUGUGGAGGACCUCAGGGAGAUUUUGACUGCAGUUCUUCACAAGAAGGCCAGGACUGUGCAAGAGUGCCGGCCACUUAAAGUCACAAAUUACCUACAAGGUGAAGCAGUUCGUCUUGCUCGUCAGCUGCCCGCAAAUUUAUCAAGGGAGGACGUGGAGGAAACCCUUCUACGGAUGGAACGGCAGCUGGGUGAGACCAUCCGAACCUGUAUCCAUGGACGACCCUUUCUCCAACACUUGUCUGACAUCCCCGCUACAGACCAGGAAGCUGAGGCUCUGAUGAGGCCUUUAGAGCUGUAACAAAGCACACAACUCACGGACAAUACCUGAAAAAAGCUACCUGAUUUUAACGCUGCCAGUUAUUUUUAUUUAGGAUGCUUGGUUUGUUAUACACAGAACAUAAAAUAAACACAUUUUUCCACUCAA